AUGACUGGACGCGGCAAAGGCGGAAAGGGCCUCGGAAAGGGUGGUGCCAAGCGUCACCGAAAGAUUCUUCGCGACAACAUCCAAGGUAUCACCAAGCCUGCCAUCCGACGUCUCGCCCGUCGUGGCGGUGUCAAGCGUAUCUCGGCCAUGAUAUACGAAGAGACCCGUGGUGUCCUCAAGUCCUUCCUCGAGUCCGUCAUUCGUGACGCUGUCACCUACACCGAACACGCGAAGAGAAAGACCGUUACUUCUCUUGACGUCGUGUAUGCCCUCAAGCGACAAGGCAGAACCCUCUACGGUUUCGGUGGUUAG